AUGAUACUUAACAAGACAAAAGAGCUUCAAGGGAUGGUCAUAUUGAGUCAUGAGUGCAGUGCCAUCAUUCAAAGGAGAUCAAUACCAAGAAAGCUAUCAGAUCCGGGUAGUUUUACUUUACCAUGUGCAAUCGGUCCUUUGAAGUUUUCAAGCUGUUUGUGUGACUUGGGAGCUUCUGUGAGCUUAAUGCCUUAUUCAGUGGCUAAAAGAUUUGUGUUUAAGAGCUACAAACCAGCAAAGAUCUCCCUUGUUUUGGCUGACAGAUCAGUGAGGUUACCGAUUGGCUUACUUGAAGAUCUACCUUUGAGAAUUGGUGAGAUAGAGAUCCCCAUAGAUUUCAUAGUUCUAGAGAUGGAUGAGGAGCCUGUUGAUCCCAUCCAUCUUAGGGAGACCCUUCUUGGAAAUAGCAGGAGCGAUCAUCGACGUGAGAGGAGGCAUGAUCGAGCUGCACAUCGGUUCUGA